ACAUUUACAUUCUCAACAUGAAGACACUGCAGAUCAUUCUAUCUCUUGUCAUUUGGCUACUGUUAAUGCCACCAUUCCACGAUGCAUUGGAACAUAAAGUUUAUGCAACUGAAUCAGUUGGUUUCAUGCUACGGGCAGCACGACAUAACACAAAGCCUGGCAGCACCUAUGGGACUACUCCUCAGCAGGAAGAGAAAAAGGUAUUCAAACAACCAUCUGGACCAAACCCAGCGGGGAAUCACCUUCCGCCUUCAAAAUCAUGAGCAUAUGGUGCAGUUCCACUGAAACUAAGCAGAUUUGGAGAAAUUGAGAUAACGCUCAGUGCUUUCCGAAGCUGUGUCUAUUAGUAUUACUAGUCAGGAAAUUGGGUCCAUUCUGAUUGUAUAAAGGUAAUAUAAAGUAUGGGGCUUAGUAUUCUUAUCGAGCAUGUAAAAUAAAGGUUAAACAGAAUCGGCAGGGUUGGGUUAUUCCGUUUAUUGUAUUAACAUUAAGCAGUAUUUCAUGGUUUAAGUAAAUUCAGAA